UGAGAUUGAGACAAACAAAGUGGAUUUCAGUAAAAGCCAUGAUUACAUUUCCACUUGAGAAAGAAAAAAGGAAAAGGAAAGAAGAGAAUAUCAGAUAUCCUAAUUCGAAAACCAUUAUUCCAUGGACGAAUUCCACAUUUCUACUUUACUUUUCUUCUACCCAAUUCCAUUCUUUAACCUUCUUUACUGCUUAAAUAUAAAAUAUCUGCUUCUGCAUUUGCUCUCUGUGAUCUUAGGUCUCAAAGCCAUGAGAUAUCCACAAGGACAAGGUGCAUCUCAAUCGCCCUUUAAGUCGUUAUAUGACAAGUUGCAAGACAUACUUUGCUGUUCUACAUUACCAAACAACUAUAAGAGGCUAGACGCGACGCUUGAGAAGAAAAUGAUGGAGAUCAAGAGGAACCCUUCGAGGAAUCACAGUUUCAAAUCAUUCGACACCAUAAUCAUGAAAUUCCCUCAGUUCAGGGAGGGGCUGAAAGAGAUCAGGGACAUAUUUGAGCAGUAUGAUGAAGAUUUCAACGGUACUAUUGACAAUCAAGAGCUCAAGAAAUGCUUGCACGCGUAUGAGUUUAGCAUCAGUGAUGAGGAGAUUGGUGAUCUUGUCGGCUACUGUGAUAUAGAUGAAAAGGAAGGGAUACAAUUAAAGGAGUUUAUAGUUCUUGUAUUUCUCAUUUAUCUUCUCACGGAUGCUCCAGCUGCACCUAACACGAAAUUGAAGAUGUGUUCGCCUCAGAUUGAAGCGACCUUCAACGCAAUAAUUGAAGUGUUUGUAUUUCUUGAUAAAGACGGUGUUGGGAAGCUGAAGAAGAAGGAUGUGGUGAAGGCACUAAACGAGGCUUCUCCAAAGGAGAAAUCGCCCUCACACAUCACACACAGCCGUUUUAAAGAGAUGGACUGGGAUAAGAAUGGAAAAGUUAGCUUCAAGGAAUUCCUCUUCUCCUUUAUGGGUUGGGUCGGGAUCGAUUGUGAUGAUGAAGAUCCUGAAGCGUAGUUAGAUGAAGCAGGGGAGCUGUCUGAAACGAGCGAUCGAGGUUAGAGCCAUGUAUAUUUGAUAACUUGUUCAAACUGUACAAUACAUAACUCAUUUAUACAAAUAUCUCAUCUGUAUGCUGUAUGUUACUCAACUCAAGAGGCUUCCUUGAUUAUAUCAUUUCAUUGAUUUUGGAUCAGUUGUUGUAAAACUCAUGAGUCGUAUAUUACGUCAAAUGUGAUGAACUCCACCAA